AUGCCAAUUCGAUGGCGACUUAGGUCGAGGGGUAUCAUAGUUCCUAUCACCUGCCCUAUGUGUAACAAUGACGUUGAACAUAUGCUACACCUGUUUUUUGACUGUAAUUUUGCCGCAGAUUGUUGGGCUCAUGCUAAUAUAAUGCAGGAUAUGACAGAAGUUGAAGCUGCGCCAAGCUGGCUUCUCGAUAAACUGGCCACUGCAUCCGUAGAGGAGCUUGAAAAGAUAAGUAUGGUUCUAUGGGGAAUUUGGAACUGGAGAAACAGGAAAGUCUGGGACAAUAAAUCAGUCACAGGUGCUUUUGCUAUGGAUGAGAGUUUCAAAACUCUUACAACCUGGAGGGAGGCAAGAAAGAUUGUGAAAAGUACUGUACCAGUUUCCCAGAGAACAGAAGAGUGUAGUAAGUGGAGACCACCAGAGCAGGGAGGUUUUAAAAUUAAUGUUGAUGCUUCAGUAAUGCCAGGAGUGAAUUCGUUUUCGAUUGGUAUGGUCCUUCGAGGUCAUGAUGGAGUUUUUGUAGCAGGCAAAACCAGUCGUUUCAGUGUUGCAGAUUCGGUGUUUGAGGCAGAAUCAAUAGGUGUUCGUGAGGCAUUGAAGGAAGUCAAUUAUUUGGAAGUGGGAGAGGUUAUUGACAGCUGCUGCAAUAUGCUUAACAAACUCCGCUACGCUUCAGUUUGUUUUGUUCGGAAAAGUGCUAACAGGGUAGCUCAUAGCUUAGCUCGAUAUCCUUGUUUAGUUCAUUGCCAUGUUUGUUUUUCGUCUCCUCCGGAUUGUGUGGUGGAGGCUAUCAUGUAUGACGCUUCUCCUUAA